AUGAGCAACCAAACAUGCCCAAAUUGCAGUAUCAGCUCGUCAAAACAUAAAGAAUUGGUCGGAUGGGUCUGGGACAACCCCGGCCGUGGUACGAUAAGUUUGAUCACAACAUGUCUAGCCACAAUAUUUUUGUGCACCUGGGUCGUAAUUCAUCCCCGAGUCUACAAGCGCGAAUCCUACGCAAAUCUCCAUAAGGUCGCUCUUUUCCUGAAGACAAUAUUCGCGCCGGAGUUUAUUGCGGUGGAAGGACUUCAGGAAUGGGCACAGUGCCGCAGGAUGCAAAGAGAAUGCCUUGAUUCCACAGCAGGUCAAUUCAAACUUGUGCAUGCCUUCUACAUCAGUAUGCUCGCACUGAGGUACCAAACCCCGAAUGGCGAUCGUGUUAUUUGGCCGAACCAAUAUACCUGGCUACUACAGCAAAGGCUUAUUCGAUGGGAAGACCAUCCGAGUUGGGGUCUGUCUCUCGAUGACAUCUGUGACAAGAGCAAAUCAGAUAAUGCUGCAAAACUACUGGCUUUGAUCCAGGUGACCUGGUUCUCGGCACAAUGCAUACUGCGUAUCUCUUAUCAUCUCCCACUGUCGCAGUUGGAGUCGAUGACCCUGGGAUAUAUCCCAUUGUUUAUCGUGACAUACUUCUUCUGGUGGAACAAGCCCAAGGAUAUCAGAUCUCCAUCUCUUGUUGUGCUUCCGGAAAUGGGCCUGGAACAAUUCCACUUCUUUCAGUCGAUGGCUGUCAGUAAUAAGUUUGACAAUGAGGGGAUGAAAGACCAAACAUCAUAUUGGAAUAUAUGGUAUCUUACCCCGCGGGUAUUUGAGAAGGUAGAGGCGGACAGACUCGUGCAGGAGUCUCAAACCAAAGCUCUGAAGGACCCAAAUCAGAAUCCAAUCACCGAACCACCGCAUGAACCCACAAUCAACGCAAGCAAGAUACGAGAUCUCGAAGAUCCACAUAAGUCCCGGAAGGAUAUCGUUGUGUCCCAUUGGGAUCCCGAUCUAUAUAGGUCAAGAAUCUGGCCUUUGGCGUGUCUGUUCGGGAUUUCAUUCGGCGCCCUUCACCUCGUAUCUUGGAAUACCAUGUUCCCAUCGGUCGUUGAGUUGUGGCUCUGGCGUGUAUCCGCCUUUGUUUCAAUCGUGUCAAUGCUUAUAUUUAUGCACUUUGAGAAGGUUGUCCUCCGGUGGGAUGGCGUCUUGACACUUUUCAGUCUCUCAUCCCCAGUGUUUUAUCUUCUUAGUCGCAUUGUGAUGAUUGCAGAGGUAUUUUCCGCAUUAAGAGCAGCAGACUCCGCUAUUUAUGAUACCUACGAGUACUCAGUCUACUGGUUGCCCUUUUUGUGA